GAGGCAUCUGUAGUAAGCGCACGCGCUUGUCUGUUAGAAUUAUAAUUCCCAGUGCUUCCCAAACCUCGGUUACGAUGUUCACCUGUAUCAGUUGCAAUAAGGAGCACUCAGAUGGGCCGGUGUGCUGUGUUUGUAAGAACCAGUUCGACUUCGCAUGUGCCGGCGUCACAGAAACCGGGUUUAGAAGACUGGGUGAAAGAAGAAAUAACUGGCGGUGCCCUGGGUGUAAGUCCGGAUCUUCACUUUCGCCUGCCGCAACAUCCCCAAUGCCUUCCCAGUUGGACAGUAUACAGGAGCAGUUGAGUCGGAUCACUUUCCAGCUGGAGCCGUUGAAGUCUCUCACGGCAGAUGUUGCCGUUAUCAAGGCCGAAAUGUCAGAUUUAAAAGCCUCUGUUGAAAUGGCUCACUCGGCUUUUGCGUCUUUGGAUGCUCGCGUCAAAAGUGUUGAAAAGGCUUUGACAGAGAUCCCUGAUUUGCAGGAGGAAGUAUGCAGACUGCGGCAAGAGCUUGAGGAUAGGGAUCAGUGGGCUCGAGCGAACAAUGUCGAGAUCCGUGGGGUACCCUUAAGGAAGGGAGAAAAUCUAUAUGAGAUUGCGGAAAGGAUAGGGGAGUUGAGUAAUUUCCCUAUAAGAAGGGAAUCUAUAAGCUACAUUGCGAGGAUACCUACUCGAGUGCCUGAUGCUGAGAAACCUAUAAUAAUAUCGUUUAAUAAUAGAUAUAUUAAAGAAGAUUUGGUGGCGUCCGCGCGUAAAAGCAAGCAGCUUACGCUCGCAGGUUUGGGUUUCUCUGCUACUGGUCCGUUCUACGUAAACGACCAUCUGACCCAGAAGAAUAAGACCUUGUUAAGUAAGGCGAGAUCACUGGCUCGAGAGACGGAUUUCAGAUAUGUUUGGGUGAAGCAUGCAAAAAUAAUGGCCAGAAAAUCCGACACGUCACCUGUUUUUAUUAUAAGAAACGAAAAAGACCUUUUAAAAAUAGUUUAACUUUGUUUCUUGAAUGCGUUAGACUCCCGAAGUUGCAGUCUUUUAGAUUUUGUUAUAAACUUGUAAGCAGAUUGAGAACCAUGCGUGCAUUCCUUCCUUUGUGUUUUUAUGUGAGUCGGCUCGGUGGAGCGGGCUACCUGUUUCCGCAGGUAAGUGCUCGUAGGCAACGGCAGUGCGCGCCGCAGCUUCGACUGUGCGCACGCGUUGCAAGAAACACAUUUGUAUGUUGGAGAUUUGACUGCGCACUUCGCAGUUUGUUUACAUCGCAUGUCAUUAUUUACGCUGAGCUUACGGUAUUUCUUAUAACUCUCCAUUCACUCGCCUGCGUUCUAUGCAAUUUAUUCUUCGGCUUAAAUUCCUUAUUUGCAUUUAGUUUUACCUGGAUGCUAGGACACUUUUUUCGGCUAAAUAGUUAUAUUUAUUUUGCAUAUUUCUCUCAGACUAUUUUAAAUCCUCAUUUAUCGCCAAACGUUAGUUUAAUUUAUCUUUGUUAUAAUUUGCUUAGUGCCAGUGCAGUAUCUGUCAGUAAUAUUUUUAU